CGGACCACUCCACCGACAACCCUGUGUAGAAUAAAUAAAUAUUGAGCACUUAUUUAUUGUUUAUUCUGUGAUAAAUGUUAAUAAGAGAGUUGUGUAUAAAUUGAGAAAUGCAUAUCGACGGCGCGUGGUGGCUGGUGCUAGCAUGCAUAUGCGCAUGCUCUGCUGAGAAAUGGCGGUUUCCAGAGGGUGCCGCGUCCGUCCGUAUUGAUACGAAGGUCCGAUUCGUCGAUGGUGAUGACCGACCAGACAACAGCGACAAAAUGAACACUAGCGAAAAUCAAGUGCAAGCUGAUGAAAUACCAUUCGAGCCGGCAUCGAACACGGUCGGUUUCUACAACCGCCCGGUCAAUGGGGACAUAUCCGGACGGUAUCCAGUGCGAGUGGAGCCUAACCGGGCGUCGGCGCCCUACAGCAUUGAAGGGCAGACCCAUUACUCCAUCACCAAGAACCCACAGCAAUACUACUCGGAUGGUACGCUGGACUCAAUGCAACACUGCAAGUGUGUCUCCACGCCUCACUGCCGCCCCUCCUCAGACUCACUCAAAGCGUGCGGCGUUGGAAAAUAUCUGUGCUGCUAUAAACGAUCCAAUAAAAACUAUCAACAGAAUUCAGAAUACUUCAACGAAGUAGAAGAUGAACGUCCAGUGCUGCUGCCCGGACAAAAUGAUUUGGCUGGACCAUUCCCUCCAUCACCAGGCACAUAUUUCAACGGAAUCUUCGGUGCUGAACAGGACCGCAAUCCCUCAGGAAUUGGGAACGACAGGCCGCGAGCACCGGCUGUACUCGUAGGUCCGGGCGGACCCACUGGCAACAUUGGUCCUCCCAGACUCCCUGUAGGCAACGCUAACUCGCAGAAUCCCCAAAUUCCACCUGUCCUGGUCGGCCCUGAUGGUCCAAGUGGCAUAAUAGGGCCCGGGCCAAUACCGAAUCGAAAUCCUGACGAAAAUCGUGAUGUAGGUAAUAGUGAGUCAGCCCAGCGAGGUAUCCUAGUUGGGCCUGGUGGUCCUACAGGGAUAAUAGGACCGGCUGGCUUCAAUAGACGUCCAGGUGGUUUUAUGAAUAACUACUUCUAUGGCGGCGGUCGAGGGAGUGGACCUGGAGUCCUCGUCGGGCCUGGCGGUCCUACAGGCAUCAUUGGUCCCGGCAGAGGGAUUCUCGUGGGUCCUGGAGGCCCCACCGGUCAAAUAGGACCGAGACGGCCAUUCUACUACGGAUGUCCACGACGAUAUAGUAAGUCGACAUCCACUACCGCAUCUAGUUCAGACAGUGAUAGAAAUAGAAAGAAUAAGAAGCAUAUGUUGUAA